CCGCACGGAUUUCUAUUCGCGUAGUACCGCACAUCCACAUGUGUAAACAAGACAACUUCUAGAAUACAAGGCGUUUUACAGCUGACAGUCCGGUUAUAGUAACGUUUUGUCACAGUUUCCUAAGAUUUGAAACCACGAACAGCGUUUUAACGUAUUUAGAAUCAAAAUGGCGCAGAGCGACAGCGACGAUGGGAUGGACGAGUUCAUGGACAAGUUCAAGAGCCAGAGGUAUAAAAAUGCCUUCACUGAAAACGACUGGGAAGAGGAGUUCAAUAAAAUCCCCAUGUUCAUGAAAACAGCCCCUGAGGAGAUUGACCCGCAGAAAUACCCAGAACUAGCAUGUCUCCAGAGCAUUAUCCACGAUGAAGACCGACCUCCAGAGGAGCAAGCCAGGUGUCUGAAAGAUGAGGGUAAUGCAUAUUUCAAAGAGAAGAACUACGAGAAGGCCGUAGUGUCCUACUCAGCAGGUCUGAAGAAGAAAUGUGGGGACCAGGAGCUCAACGCUGUUCUCCUCACUAACCGAGCUGCUGCACACUUCUAUCUGGGUAACAUGCGUUCUGCACUGAAUGAUGCUGCAGCUGCAAAGAAGAUCAAACCAGACCACCUGAAAGCCUUGAUCAGAGGUGCUCAGUGUUGUAUUGAGCUGCGUAACUUUCCAGACGCCCUCCAGUGGUGUGACGAGGGGCUCAAGGCCCAUCCGACUGACAAGAAGUUGUUGGAGCUGAGAGCAACAGCAGAUAAACACAAAAGAGCAGCGGAGAGAGAUGCCAGGAAAGCUAAGGUCAAAGAAAAGAAGUUGCAUGGUCAGAAAGAAGCUCUUCUGGCUGCUAUAAAGGAUCGGGGCGUCAAACUCUUCCAGUCUAUGGGGCCUCGUCAGCACGGUUCAGAAGGUGAGGAGGAGGAGGAGGAACGCUCUUCAGCAGCGAUAGCACAGCUGAGUCUGGACGGCCUCAACUCUCAGGAGGUCACCGGGGCUCAGGUCUUCCUGGACGAUCAGGGCCUUCUGCACUGGCCUGUUCUCUUCCUCUACCCCGAACAUCAGCAGAGUGAUUUCAUCUCAGCCUUCUGCGAGAACAACUGUUUCGUAGACCACCUGGCGGUCAUGUUUGAAGAACUUCCCCCUUGGGACACGGACAGAAAAUACCUCCCACAAAAUCUGCAGCUCUUCUUUGAAGAUGUGGAGAAGGAGAAAUUCUAUCAAGUUGACCCAGAGACGUCACUUUUGAGAACACUGCAGCAUAAAAGGUUUUUCGUGAAGGGAGGAACUCCCAGCUUCAUCGUGUUGGUUAAUGGCUCAUCGUUCUGGAAGCAGUUUUUAUCAGGAAAGAAAAUCCAUCGAUUGUAAAAACACGGGCCUUCAAUUCUUGGACUAGGUUUUUAAGGAAGAAUAAUGAGGCAAAAAGGCUUUAUGUGGCACCAAAGUCCGUGUGAAUGAAUAUAAAAUGUGUGCUUUCUUAAAGAAAUCCAUUUGGAUGCUUUGUUUCUUUCUGUACAAAUGUAACAUUUCAGAGUGAAAACCAUGAAAAGAAAUUUUAAUGAAGCACUUCAUAAACAGUCAAAGAAAAUGACAUCAUGAAGAUGAAUUAAAUAGAGAGCACCAAAACUGGAAUCAUGUAGACUAAUUAUGUAAGUACUUUUAAAAAUAAAUGGAAAAAGACAGCAAA